AUUGAAUCAUUUUGUAUUAGUAAACCGUGUGGCAGACGCGAUGAUUAUUCUAGCCCAAAAAUAUUACCGAUACGAUAAGAUUCUGGACCAACCGGGAAUCCAUCAAUAUCGUAUUCGAAAAAUGAAACGAACUCCAUUUUUCCUGGCAUCAGAAAAUGUUAAGAAAAAGAUGAACAUUCUCGUACAUUAUCAUUUUUUCCUUUCAACAAUACAUGCCUACAACGACAAUCAUUUCCAGCCGAGAUCAUUUAGAAGCACUUUCAAGAUUAUCAGCUGUGUCUUAUCAGUGCUGCUACAAACUAACGGAGAUUGUUUACAUUCAAUACACUGCAUAUAGCACAACUUGAUUGCAUGUGUGCCACAAUAUGGAUCAUCAGUAGUCGGGAUCGGACCAAACUGCACAUCGGACGUAAGAAUUUGAAGAAACAUAAGCGUCCUAUUUGGAAACAAUUGUGAAGGUACUUGUUCCAGCAUGAGUAAUAUACUGAAAAUCGGAUUUCUUGGUGGCGGUAAAAUGGCACAAGCGAUGGCCAAAGGUUUCAUAUCAGCGGGUUUAACUAAAAGUGAAAACAUGACCGCAAGUUUCCACCCGUCUGACGUGCCAAACAUUGAGGCGUUCAAAUCCUUCGGUGUCGAAACAUUUACAGAAAACGUUUCAGUUGUGAAGCGGUCAGAAGUGAUAUUUGUAUCCGUAAAACCUUCGGUGGUUCCAACUGUUCUGGAAAAUGUUCGACCCGUGAGUGACGAGAAGUUGUUUCUUUCAAUUGCCAUGGGAGUUAAACUGGCAGAUUUGGAGAAGUCGCUUUCGUCAAAAGCUCGCGUAAUUCGAGUGAUGCCCAAUACCCCUGCUCUAGUCCGCAGCGGAGCUUCCGUGUAUGUACGAGGAAAAGCAGUAACUCAAGAUGAUUGCUCUGUGACACAAAAAUUGUUAGAGGCCAUCGGAACUUGCGAAGAAGUUGCGGAGAGUAUGAUGGAUCCCGUGACAGCACUCUCAGGUAGUGGACCAGCGUAUAUUUUUGUACUAAUAGAAGCAUUAGCCGAUGGAGGAGUAAGAAUGGGCCUACCUAGGGAUUUGGCUUACCGAUUAGCAUCGCAGACUGUUCUCGGUGCUGGUCAACUAGUUCGUGAUACUGGACGUCAUCCUGGACAACUGAAAGACGAUGUAACGAGCCCAGCCGGGUCUACAGCUGCGGGAUUGGCGUUUUUGGAGCAAAAUGCAUUCCGACAUGCAGUGGCUGGGGCAGUAGAAGCAGCGACACUUCGAUGCCGGGAGGUUUCGGGCAAUAAAUAAAAUCUAUAGCAUUCUUUCCAUCUCCAUUGCAUUGUCAACUCAUUCUCAAAUGCAUGGAACGUCUCAGAAACUGUAGAUACUUAUUAGGCUUAUAAAUAAUACUAAACAUCGCUCGAAAACAAUAAAAAUGUCACGAUUGGUUGAGAGAAACCAACAAUUACAACAAGAGAAAAAUGAACCGUUUAGUAGGUCUAAGCACUUUCCGUCGGAAAAGUGCAGUCAUCAUUCAAAUCUUCCAGUAGCUAACGGUGGAGAUGUGAACAUUUGAAAACAAAUGCAUACCUUGAUUCGAGUGGCAAGUUAAGUUUUA